GAUACUCCCUUCAACAAGACACUCUUCCUCUACCUGUGAAGUGUUGAAGAGAGUUCACAUCAUGUUAAACAUUCUGAAUCUCCCUCGUGGCUCCUAUGAAAUACUCGGAUUUUUUGUAUGUUUUCGAGCAUUGCAGUAUGCUCUGAAAAAUUAUGCGCCCACACCAUCUGGAAUGAAAUCGUCACCUCCGAGGAAAACAUGGUUGUAUCAAAAUAUCUCUGUGUCAUUUGUACAUUCCUUUAUUUCAGCUAUCUUAUCAGUCUACUGCUUUUUUGACGAACCAGUGAUGUUAACAAAAAUGCUCACGGCAUGGAGUAAUACAGCCUUUUACCUUGUAACCUUCUGCACCGGUUAUUUUAUCCAUGAUUUCUUUGAUAUGCUGAUGUACGAUGCCAGUAAUUCCAUGAGUCUCCUGAUACACCAUGUAUUGGUAUGUAUGGCCUUUUCAAUAGCAGUUUUCAGCAAAAUGUACAUCGCCUUUGCAGUUUGUUCUCUUUUAAUGGAAGUCAACAGUGUCUUCUUACAUUUAAGACAAUUAUUGAAUUUUCAUGGAGUGAGCAAAACUUGUAUGUUGUACCGAGUAGUACGUAUAGUAGUGUUGAUGACAUUUGUGUGCUUCCGAUUUCUUACCUCAGCAUGGAUGACAAAUUUUGUCAUACAGCAUCGCAAUGACUUGCCAUUUUUACAUUUCUUAUUUUCUGCUACUGGUAUGGCUAUUAUCUCAGGGCUCAAUAUUCAGAUAUUCAUGGCAUUUUGGCGAGCAGAAUUUAGACGUAACCAAAAUAAGCAAAGAGACAAUUAGAUUCUCUGCUUGCCACAACACUUUAAUUGUCCAACACAGUCAAAUCUAUUUGAAUGUUAGGUUAAAUAGUUUUAUUAUUAAAAAUUGGUGUACAGUUUUAUGCUUUAAAGAGAUGCUAUACAUAUCAAUAUUAUUGAGAUAUAUUAAUGAAAUAGUAAAAUUUCUCAGACCUGUGUUUAAAAGUUAAUAUGUUUAUCCUUGCUGUGGUGAUGAAAAUGUGUUCAUUUUGCACUGGGUCUUUCAAUAUUGCUUUCUGCUUUGGCCUUUUCACUUCAUCAACACUAAUGAAAGUAAAUAAUAUCCCUUUGGUGACAGUUUGAUAAAAAAGUUCUCAAUAUGAGAGGUGACUACAUUUGCUUAAUUUUUGAGAAAAAGGAGUUAGCUUUUUGGCAAGCUAUGUUGAUGUUCAAUUAAUAACAGCACUUGGAACUUGUGAAACAUGUUUGAAAUCAGAUUAUUGUGCAAAUGGGGUAAGUUUCUAAAGAAUCUGUGGUGCUUUGUGGGUGGAAGAGUAUAAUGGUAAUUUAGUAUUAUCUACCGAGUUGAUAAUGUAAAUUGGUGGCUGUAAAGAGUUCAAAAGCUGAGGUUUUGAGAGUCAGUUGAUCAGAGGAAAAUGUGAGGUGAGGGCAAAGUGCUAGUCAGGCAUGAGUGGGGAGGACAAAAAGAGUCAAGUGCGAGGGGAGGAAGGUGAAAAAAAUUACACCUGCACCCACACUGUUGUUCAAGCCGUUCCUACAUUAAUAUAUGAACACAGCUACCCAAUUGGUUACUUGAUAUCAUGUGAUCAAAGCUUGAACAAUACUGUGGGUGCAGGUGUUAUUUUAUUUUGCAACCUUCCCCUUGCAUGUGACUUGCACUUUGCGCUUGCCUUGUGCUUGCUCCUGUUCCACUGAAAAACAUUAAAAAUUAAGCCAGUUCUGUAGGCUAUAAAUUGAGUGAAUAUACCUUAUGUUGAAUCUACAGUGAUUUUACAUUAGCCAAACUUCAUUGUAAAUUUUUGGACUCAGUCUGGUAAUUCAAUACCAUUUGAAAUUUCUGGGCAUUUGGUUUAAUUCAGAACCAUGAGAACUGGACUCAUUCAGGAGAAGACCACUACUUACUGUAAAUUCUAUCAAACAUGAAAUUUGAACAAUACCAUUUUAAUCAUAAGUAUGUGUUUGAUUGAUUUAUUCCCCUAUGUGGAUUAAGCAUUUACUGGCUGAUGUUAGAGGAGGGACAGGAGCAAUGAUGCUCAGUGUAUUUUCUUUGUAUCUUCUGCUUUGCCACAAACUCAAUACUGAAAUGUUUUGUAUUUCACUCAUUUCAUUUCCUUCUUUUACCUGAGCUACAGAAGGUUUAUUCUUUAUUUAUAUCAAGGCAGUAAGCCAGAAGAAGAAUGUAAAUUAAGAAUGUAUCAAUUGUUUUAAAUUGUUACAGUUAUACAUAAGUUUGUUUUCGUAAAGUUUUGAUCUAGAACUAUGUGCAAUAAAGUUGAAUAUGUAAGCAGAAAAAUAUUUCAUUGUAGUGC